AUGGAGAAAGAACGUACUAACAUAGAGGAAAUAUAUAAUUUUAUAUAUUUUAAGGAUGAAAUAAAAAGAGAUAAAUUUGAAUAUUACAAAGAUGUGAUUAAGAGUAUAUUAUGCAACAACAAUGAAGAAGAAAUAGUUGAGUUUGUUAAUUUGCUAUUUUUUACUAAAGACAUAAAUUAUAUAAAAAAUAAUUUAUCUAUAUGUUUAGAUUUACUAUCAAAAGUUAUAAAUGAAUUAGAUAAUGAAAAGUUGAAAAAUAAUUUGUAUAUGUAUAUAUUGAAAAGAAUAAAUAGUAAAAUACACUUUAUUGACAAUUUUAAUAAAGCAUUAGUCUGUAAGAAAAUAUUUUUCUUUUGUUCAGAAUAUGAGAAUUUAUUAAAAGACAUAAAAGAAUUAACAUCAUUUAAUAAUUUAUUUAUAAGUUGUUUGGAGUUUUUAGAUAAUUUAUUUUAUAGUAAUGAUAAAUUAGAAGAGUUAAAUACAAAGUAUCGUUUGAUAAAAAAAAAUAUAAUAAAACAAUUGAUACGUAUAUUUGUUAAUAUAGGUAAAAAUGAUGAUAUAGAGAAUGACUCCAAAGGUGUAUACAAAUUAGGUGGUGAUGAAGAAAUAUUAGAAGGGGCGGAUAAACGAUUUUAUAACUUUUUACAGUUGUGUAAUUGUAAUACGAAUGGAAAAGGUAUUUAUUACAUUGUUGUAGAAGCCUUUGGACAAUUUUUAAAUAGAUAUAAUAAUAGUUAUAAUUAUAUAAACGAUAAUAAAAGAUAUAUAAAAAUAUUAUCACAAGGAUUUAUUAAUCUUUUAAAUUCAAAUAAAGAAAUAUUAUUAAAAAUAAAUAAAUCAUUUAAAUAUAUAUUUCAAGCAUGGAAUGAUGAAAAUAUUUUUGGUACAAUACUAAAUAAUUAUCAUAGAUAUGACGAAGUAGCCUUAAAAAAUGCAUCUGCUUUUUAUUAUUAUUGCGAUUUAUAUAAUAAAGACCAUUUAAAUAACUUGCUAGAAAUAGUUAUAAAUUUGAAAAAAAAUAAAAAUUUGGAUAAUUGUGAUAUAUUAUAUUUUAUCAUUUUUUAUAAAUUCCACAUAAAUAAUGAUAACGAUAUAAUAUUAAAAAAGAUGUUUGAAAAUAGUGUCAAACUAAACUUAGUAAAAUUUAAUGAGAAAAUAAUUUUUUUAAAAAGUGUAAAAUAUCUUUUAUCUAUGGAAAAGAGUAAAGAAAUAAAAGACAUUGUUCUAUCAAAUAAAAAUAUGAUAAUAAAAUAUUUAAAAAACGAUUUAAAUGAAGAUGUACAAUUAGAAGCUUUAUCAUUUUUGAGAACUGUUUCAUGUGUUUUGAAAAAUGAUAAAGAAAUAUAUUCAUCUUUUUCUAAUUCAGUUUUUGAGAUUAUGGAAAAAUUUGGGAAAACAAAUGAAAAGUUUUUAUAUGAAGCAUUGUUAUAUUAUAUUGGUUCUGUUAACAUUAUAGACACAAAUGAAAAGUUUUUAACUUAUAUAAAAAAUUUAUUAAAUUUAUGUUUAACAAAACAAAUAUUGAAAUAUAUAUUUGGCACGAAUUUAUUUCUUCUUUUGUUAAUUAAAAGUAAGCAUAUAUCAUCUGUGAAGAAUAUUAAUUCUUAUAUUACUGAAGGUGUGAAUAAAAGUAUAUAUAACAAAGACGAUAUAUUUUACUUAUAUGAUAUAAAUGAAAUUAAGAAUAUUCCAUCGAAUAAGUUUUUCUUUUAUUUAUAUUCUCUUUUACUAUUGCUUGAGCAAAUGGUUAACGACGAUAAAAGCCUAUGUGUUGAGUACAUGAGCAAGGUGAAUAAAGAUUUUGUAAAAUAUAUAUGUUUUGAUGAAAUAAAUUCAAUGCAUUUUCAAAAUGUAUUGUUCAGGGAAAUUAAUAAGAAAAAUAAGAUAGAGGAUUCAGUAACUCAAGCAUCAGAUAAAAUAAUUGGAACUGGUUCGCGAGUCGAAAGUAAAAAAAGUGAGAGUAAUUCUCAAAUAGAGGGUAAAAAGGGUAUGUCUGUAUCACAAUUAGGAAUCAAACAACUUGAAGAUAAAAAUAAAAAAUUAGAUAACUUGCAUGUGUUAAUUUUUGGAAUUAUUUUCGGGUUUCUUAAUUAUUUAGAAAAAAAUAAAUAUGACAAAAAAAGCGAUAUAUACAGAAAAGCAGAAAAGAGUUUCCAAGGCUAUACAUUGAGUUUAAAAAAUGAUAAAAUAAUUAAUGAGGGUAAUAACGAAUAUCAAAAUUAUGUUGAAGAUUUUGAAGUUUUAUUAGAUAUAUUGUUAAUGAAAAAGGAAAUAUAUGAAUUAUUUGUUUAUCAUUUUUAUAUAUACUUAUAUAUGUAUUGGGAUACAGAUAAAUAUCGUAAUAAUAAUACAUAUGUUUUAAAGAAAUUUAUUUACAUAUUAUUUUCUUAUGCUGAAAACGUUGAAAUGGAUCAGAUUGAAAAAGAGAAUAUCUAUAUGUUAUUAUUUUUGUGUUUUUGCCAUGAAAAACUUUAUUAUAAGAAUAUGAAAUGUUAUUUAACACGAAGAAGAAUGAAAAAUGUAAUUUCAAGACAAGUUUUAAACAAAGUUAAUUUAGAUACAGUAUUAGCUUUUAUAUUAAAAGGGUCAAAUUAUUAUAAUAAUAAAUUACACAAAAAGGUUUGCUUCAACAUGAUUGAAUCGCUUUGCUUAUUAAAAGAUGUUGAAAUUAAUGAAAAUGGAUUUGCAAAAGAUAGAAAACAAAAGAAGAUGGACGAUUAUGGAUUAAGCCAUGAUAAUAAAAUUGGGAUAAAAAAAAAAGAAAAAACAAUAUGCCAUAUUUCGAAAAAGAACAUUGUAGACACAGAUCACGAUGCUAGAUCAAAUGGGCGAAUUUUGAUCACAAUAAAAGAUGAUAAUAUAAAAAAUAAGUUAAUAGUAUUUACAACUAGCUUAAUUGAUAUACUAGAUGAAAAAAGUGUAAAGAAUAUUAAUGAAGAUGAAAUAGAAAUAUGUAAAUGCCAAUAUAAUACGUUAUAUUCUGAUAGAAAUGUAUAUCAAGCAACAGUUGCAGUUGAAAAUAAGAACAUAAAAAGAAACAAACAUUUAUUUUCAAUGUAUGAUGAAGAGACUGCUGAAUUAAUUAUGGAAGAAGAAUUAAAUAAAAUUAAAAAACAGACCAAUACAAAUUCUCCUAAGAAUAAAAAGGGUGUAAAAGGAAAAGGAUUAACAAAAGAAGAUCUUGAAAUUGAAGAAAUAAAAAAACAAAAUAUCAUACGUAAAAGGGUCUAUGAAAUAAUUGAAAGGAAUAAAUAUAUAUUAAAUUGUAUUAAAGAAAUGAGUUAUAUUAGUGACAUAUUUAAUCCAAGUCAUAUAAAUAUUUUUAUAAAAAAAAUAAUGAUAUUUUUAAAAAAUGAUUUAACAUCUAGAUACUCUCAAAAGUAUCUAAAUGUAAUUAUUGAUAAUAUGAUUAGUACUAAAAUGUUAAUAUGCAAAAAUAAGAUUACUAGAUGUUUGUAUAAUAUAAGUAAAUAUAACAAGGGUGAUGAUUCAGCUAUAUUGAUAUUUAGUUCUUUUAAUAUUAACAAAAAAAUAUCCUAUGUAUUGACAUUAUUUUUAUUUCCUAUAAUUCUUAAUAGUAUUAAUAUUAUUAAUGACAAAGAUUCCACAUUAAAUAUAUUAAAAACGUUGGACAUUUUAUUGUAUUCUAAAACUAAGAUAAAUGAUGGGGAUAUUAUCAAAUGUUUACAAAUAUGUUUUGAUAAAUAUCCAGAUUUAGAUACAGAGCUUGAAUCAUUUUUAUACAAUUUUAAUUCAUAUUUAUUAAACCAAAAAAAUAUAAAACAAUUUUUACAAUUAUGUGUAACGGAUAAUGAGCAACGUCGAUUUAUUAUCAUCAAAUCGUUGCAUAAAUUUGUAAUAGAUAAUUUUUGUUCGAAUAAUGAGGGAGAUAUAUAUAAUGAUAAAAGUAAGGAGUCUAUUGUGGAAAUGUUUAAUGAUGAAUUUAUACACUUAUAUAUUAAUAUAUUUAAAAAUGAUUAUAAUAAAGAUACACAAAAGAUGUGCCAAGAAAUAUUAUCAAAGUUGAAUAUUGCACCUGUUUCUGAUCAAAGUAAAUUAAUAGAUUCGUUACAAAAGGAAUGUUAUGAUUUUCAAGAUAUGGUAUGUAAAACAAUAGCAUUUUCGAUUGAUAAAAAAAAUACCAAAGAUUUAAUUUUGCAAUUGACAUCUAAAUAUAUAAUUUUUAAGGAAUAUGGUAAGAUUGGUAUUUUAAAAACUAUAGAUCAGCUAGCGAAAUGUUAUUAUAUUAAUGUUAUUGAUAAUGUCGAAUUUAUUUUAAACUUUUUAUUGGGUUUAUGUUUAGAAGAAAAAGCGGAUAUAGGCAAAAUAAAAGAUUAUGUAAUUUUAUGUGGUACUUCUGUUAUUAAUAAAUAUAAUGAAUAUUUGUUAAAAUGUAUGAAGAGAUACCAACAAAAUGGAAAGGGAAAUAAAUCAGGUUUUAAUAGGCGUACUAGAGAUGCAAUGAGCAUAAGUGAUGAUUAUAACGAUGAAGAAAAUAGUUGUGGAUCCGAUUUCUUAUCAUCUGACGAUGAUAUGGAAAUUCUAUCCAAUUGUAGAAAUAAUAAUGGAUCGAGCAAAAAGAAAAAUAACAAAAAUGUCAGUAAAGAAUUAUUCGAAGAAUCAUUUAAGAAAAUAUAUAAUGUUUUGAACAAAUAUCGAGAUAAUAAAAAAAGUAAAAAUAAAACCACUGUGGAUUUAAUUGUUGUAAUGUUUUACGGAUGCUUAGGAUCGAAUUUAAAAAAGGAAUCGUUAGAAUUGUUGAACAAAUUAAUAGAACAAAUAUUGCAUAGGGAUACGGAUAAUUUUACGCAAAUUGAAAUUAGUAAUAUAAUACCCAAGUUUAUAGAAAAUUUAAUGCAGGGUAAUAAUGACGAUGAAGAGGAUGAAAAUGGAGAUAUUGAAUAUAAUAUAAAUGGCGAAAAUAAUAAAGCAAAAGGAGUAUCUAUUGAUGAUAAAACUGGAAAAAAUAACAAAAAAAAUAGUAAUAAUAAUGUGGAUGGCAAAGAUAAUAAGAAGAAAGCAAAAAAUGCUAAAAAAUCAUCAAUAACGGGUGUUUCAAUAGAUAGCUUAAUUUAUUUAGAAAAAUAUGAUGUUAGUUUGCUGAUAGAAAAUAUAUUUAAGUUAUUAAUUAGUAACAAAGAAUUAAAAGUAAGAAAAGGAUGUUGCCUCUUAUUAGGUAGUGUUAUAAAGGCGCACGGAAUGGGUAUCCUAAAAAGUUAUAAUAUAUUGGAUAAGAUUAAUUCGAAUAUUAACUCAGAAGAUAUAAUUAAAAGACAAAGUUUUUAUUUAACAUAUGGAUGCUUGUUUAAAGUAUUAAAACAUAAAUUUGAGCCAUAUAUCUUAAAAAAUUUUAAUUUGUUAUUAGAAUGCUAUAAAGACAAUGUAAAUAACAUAAGAGUAUUAGGUAUAAAUGUUGUAGAAGAGAUAUUAAAUGAUAUAGGUAUAUAUGGUUUGAAAAAGAUUAUGCCUUUUAUUAUAUUUAACUUAAAAAAUCAGAGUAUAAAAAGUAAGGACAUAAUAGCAUAUUUAGAUAUACUACAUUUAAUAAUUUCUAAAUUUGAUAUAAUAAAUAAUCUUGAUAAUGAAACUUUAGUAAGUUUAAUAAAUACAUUAUGUGAAUUAGUUUCAGAUACAAACGCAAAAGUAAAAGAAAUAUGUAUUAAAAUAUUUAAUAAACUUGAAAAGAAUAUAACAAAUAUGGAAAUAAAAAAUAUUAGUAGGCAAUUAUUAUUAUGUAUAUAUUCACCAAAUGACAAUCAUUUAUGUGAUUUUUUAGAUAUGUUUGCAUCAAUAUCUUUUGAGUAUAAAAUUAAUAAUAUAUCUUUAUGUCUGUUAUUUCCAAUAAUUAAAAAGGGUAUUAACAAUAUAAGGUUGGAUAUAAAGAAAAAAUCGCUACAAAUAUUUUACUUUUUAAUACAUCUAGUAAAUGACCAAUCACUAUUUAUUAUAUAUUUUGAUAGCAUAUUUAAAACGUUAGCAAUCUUAUUAAAUGAUGCAAUACCAGAAAUACGAUACCUUACAGCAAAAUCAGUAGGAAAUAUUUCCCAGUUUUUAGAUAUCAAUAAAAAAUUAUAUUAUAUACAAUAUAUAUUUAAUAUUUUAUUAACCACUUCAUCAUUAGUUGAAAAAAGUGGUGCCUCUUUGUGCUUAUGUUCAAUUUUAUCUAAAUGCUCUGAAAGCAUAGCUUAUAAGUUUAUUUCAAAAAUGGUUCGAAUGAUUGAUGUUAAGAAAUAUAUAGAAGCAAAGAAUAUUCAGUUGAAAAAAAGUUUGAAGGAAAAUAAUGAAAAAAAUAGCAAAGGUAAAAAAGGUGCAGAAAAUAAAGAGUUAAAAGGAAAGAAAAAGAAAAAAAAUGCCACAAAUAAAAUUAAGAUGGGAUCAGAUUACUCAGAAGAUGAUGAGGAUUAUUCUGAAGAAAUCGAAGAUGACGAAAACAGCAGUGAGGAGAGCUAUGAGAGCAUAAGUGAGGAAGACGAAGAAGAUGAUGUUGAAGAUGAAGAUGGAGAUGAAGAAAAUGAAGAAGAAGACAUGAGUGAUAAUUCUUAUGAAGAAUCCGAUUUUGAAGAUGAUUAUGAAAAUGAAUUUAGCGAAGAAUCUGAAAAAGAAGAAGGUAGUGAUUAUGAUGAAGAAUAUGAUGACGAUGAUGCAGCAUUUACAGAUGAAAUGAGUGAAAAUAAUGAUGAAUUAUUAAACAAAGGAGAUAAAGAUUAUUAUUUAAAUGGAUAUUAUUUAAUAGAAAAGAAUGAGGAUAAUAGUUAUUGCUUAGAAUUCGACGAUGAUUUAAUUAAUUGGAAAUUAAUAUACGAUAAAAAAGUAAUAAAUAGUGAAAAUUCCAAAGAGGGUUUAAUUGGUUUUUUUAUUUAUAUGCCUGAAUGUGAACCAUAUUACACUGAGAAAUUUUUAAAAAAAAUAUUUCAAAAAUUGAUGUUAUGUUUAAAUGAUAAUAAUGAAAAAAUACGAGAUAUUACAUUAAGAGCUUGUAAAGUAUUAAUAAAUGCUUAUUCAAAAAAUAAUACAUCAUUAAUUUUGAAAUUUAUUGAAAAUAAAAUAUAUAAUAGAUAUUGGAGAAUACGAAAAGAUAGUGUAUUAUUACUGAAUAUAUUAAUUGAGAAAAAUUUAGAAAUAAACAAAGAGGAGAAGGAUAUAGGAAGGUUGCACGUGUUACAUGAGCGUUUUUAUUUUAUGUUAUCAUUGAUAUGUAUAAUGAAAAAUGAUAAAAAUAUAAAUGUUAGACAAACUUCUUAUAAUAUAUAUAAGAAUUUUGUAAACAAAAGAAUAUUACAGGAAAUGUGGCCUAUAUUAUUAAAAAAAAUAACUCAAAAUUUAUCAUCAAAAAAUAAUUCGAAACAAUAUAUUAGUGCAUUGGCAUUAGGGGAUUUAGUAUUCAAAACCGAUUCGAAUUCCUUAAACACAAUAAUAGAAAAUAUGAUUAAAGAUUUUAAAACAACAAAAAAUUUAUCUAUAAAAAAAGGAGUUUCUCUUGGAUUUUAUGAAAUAUUUUCAAAAGGCAAAUUCAAUAACUUAAUAGUAAAUUAUAUACAUGAUAUUAUUUACAUGAUAAAAGAAUUAGCAUGUAAUAAAAAUGCAUCAGAUAUAAUUAAAUUGUUAUCAUUAUUAUUAGUAAAUAUUGAUAAGCAUGUUUUAAAAGAUAUUAUCAAUGAAUUAGUUAACACAAUAGUUAACAAUAAGAAGGAUGAUAAGAAUAGUACCAACUCUUCGAUUUCUGACGAAUUAAUAAGUUUCAAAAGUAUAAAAUUUUUUUUAAAUAUUCACACAGAUUUAGUUAUCGACUAUCUGGUUUCCAGUGCUUUAACUCCUCCAUACAAUUUCGGAAAGUUGAAAUUAUUAUCAUAUGUUUCAUAUGCUAAGUUAGAUUCAUAUUCUCAUUUGUUUAUUAAGAUUAUUCAUAUUUUUAUCGGAUUGAUAUUUUUUAAUUUAAAGGAUGAAAAUAAUUAUCCAUAUGAUACUAAAAAUUACUCAAAUGUGGAAUUGAGUUAUAAUAGCAAGGAUAGUGAUAUUCGAAGGAAGAUAAAUAAUAGUGGAAGUUUGAGUGAAUCUGAGAAGGAAAUAAAUAAGUUUGAUCCAAAUUCAAGUAGUAAUAAUGAUAGACAUGCAAAUUCUGAGAUUUAUGAUAAUGCUGAAAAGGAUCCAAAGUUUAAGGAACUAUAUAAAUAUAAACAAGAAAAUAGUUUAAAUUUCGAAGAAAUAAUAAUUUGCUUGAAAUUAUUUUUGAAAAAUAUUAAUGAAAGAAAUAUAGAUAGCAUAACCGAAAUUUUAUUUUCUGAGUUGAAAAAAUAUGACUGUAAAAUAGACUUGUCAUAUAGCAAUAUAGAAAAAUAUAAAUGUGAAGAAACUUGUGAAGAUAAAAAAAGUGAGGGAAUAUAUACAUUAGAAGAGUAUUCAAAAGUUAUUUAUGGAGAGAAAUUAAAUGAAUUAAAAGAUAAAUGCGAAUAUGCCAAUUUUUAUGGAAAGGUACGAGAAAUAAUUUUAUCUAUUUUAAAAUAUUUAUUAGAUAUAAUAAAUGAAGGAGAUAUAUGUUCAAAUAGCAAUGAGCAUCAAACACAAGUAGAAAAUGUAAAUCACGGAAACACAAUUAAAAACGUUAUAAAUAAAAAAAAACAUAUUCGCAAAAAAAUAAAUAUACUAAAUGAGUAUAGAAUAGAAACUUAUCUUACCGCUUUGUCAAAAUAUGCAUUUGUGGAUAUAAAUAAAAAUGUAUUAGAAAUAGCUUGUGUUAUUUAUAUGUAUUUAAUCGAGUUAGUUAAAAAAAUCGAUAGUUCUUAUAGUUAUAUUGAUACGUUUUAUAGUAUUAUUAAUAAAUAUAGUACAGAUAGCAAUUUUAAUGAAAUUCCUGAUGAUAAAUAUGAAUUAGUUGGAUUAAAUUUAAACAAGCCAUUAUUUUCAACGUUCAUAAAUUUAUUUACAAAUGUAAUAUUGUUAUCGCCGAAUUCAGAUAUAAAGAUAAAAGCUAUUGAUACGUUGAGAAAACUAUUUUUAUAUACGAAUAAAGAGAUAUCGAGUGGAUUUAUUUUAAAAACAUCAGGCGCAUUAAUACGUAUAUUAACAAAUAAAUAUAUAGAGCAAGCAAAAAUAUAUAUUUUUUCGACUUUUGAAGUGUUAAUUAAAAAAGGAAGCAAUUAUAUAAAACCAUUAAUACCACAAUUACAAACCUGUAUUAUAAAAUCAUUAAAUAAUGAAAAGUUAAAAAAACCAAUUAUACAUAUAUUAAAUAUUAUAUCAGAAAAAAAAUUAACACGAGGAGAUUUAUUAGUAAAUGACUUAUUAAAUAAUAUUAAUGUCCAAAUUAGUUUACAUCAAUCUAUGACAAUAUUAAUGGUAUUAUCAAAUAUUUUAAAUAAUAGUGAUUUAAAUAUUAAAAAUAUAUUAAAUAAAAUUAUUACAUGUAUUAAACCGCUAUUUAAUCAUGCGAAUAAUGAAAUAUCUUUUUAUUCAUGUAAAAUUUAUGUAUUAUUGUGUUUAUUUCACGCACCAAAUAAAAAACAAUAUUUAGAAGGAAUAUUACCAUUAUCCAGUAAAGACAAUAUAGAAGCAACUACACAUUAUUUUAUGUUGCAUUUAAGUGAAGUAAAUAAUUUUUAUGAUAUAUUGAAAAAAGAUAAUUUGUUGGACAAUUUUAAAACAUUAUAUAUUAAUAUGUUGAAAGAUGGAAAUACCAAUUUACAAAAUAUUAUUUUCCAGAUUUUUUAUAACUUAUCAAAAUGCGACGAUGAUUGUUUAAUUUUUAUUUUUAACAAUUUAAAUUUGUUAAAAUUGCCUCCUUUUGUUAUGAUUUCUAUUGAAAUACAUCGAUAUUAUUUUAAAGCAAUUAAAAAUAUAUUCAAAAAGAAACCAGACAUAUAUAUGACAAAUAUUCCAAACUUUUUGAUUGUUAUUGAAAAUCUUUUAAUGUGCACAAGUACUACAAUUCAUGCUUUCAAGCUAUUGGGAGAGAGAUGUGCCUAUCGCUUAUUUGAUAUAGGUAACAAAAAUCAGUAUGACGCUAAAAUGACUAUUUUAAAGGAAAAACUGGAAGAUAAAAAGUAUAGCAAUCUAGUUGACUAUAUAAAUACCGUUUUGGUUAAAAAGGGAAAUGUAACCGAUUCGGAAUAG